AUGCUGGAAGAAAAUGUUUUAGUUUCGGUUUCACGGCGUCUCUCUCUCUAGCCCCUCCACUUACUCCCUUUCUUUUCUUUCUCUCUCGUCUCUGCAAAAUCCUGGAAAAAGUUUUUCACUUUUUGCAAAAACAAAGUAUCUGAUAAAACAAUUAAAUGGCACUUUUUUCCCCAUAAAACAAAUAUUUCUUAAGUUUUAUUGUCUUCUAAGCUUUCGUUUCAGAUCUGUUGAUUGUGGGCUUUCCAUUAUUAAUUUGGUUUUUCAAUUCAAGUGGUUGGAUUUUUUUUUUUUUUUUUUUGGGUUUGAAGAAAAAAUAUAUAUAUUUCUUUUUGCUGGGGUGGUGGGUUUAUUGAUUUGUCUGAGACAUAGAUGUUAGAGAGAGAGAGAGAGAGAGAGAGAGAGAGAGAGAGGAAGAGCUAGGAUUAGAUUUAAAGAAGGAGAAUGGAGAAAAACAUGCAAGCAAGAUUGUAAAGCAGGGAAGAGAAAGAAGCUCGGGAAAUGUGAUGAGCAAGAAAGAUGAUAUUGUUCCUUGAGAUUUGAAGUCCAGAGGAGAAAAGGAGAAGCAGUCCGUUUGGUAGAGAGAGAAAGAGGCGUUCGGUUUGUUUGUUUAUGUGGAAGGUAUUCCACGUGUCAUACAAUCAUAGGCAGGAGUAUAAAAAAACUCAGUACUCGGGGAGUACUAGAGUUUUUUCAGGGUAUUACAUGUUUGCAUAUUAUUUAUUUAUUUAUUUUUUUUCCUUCGGUCACUCCUCACUAUACUUUCAUUUUGGACCCAAAAAAAUAUUUGAUCAUUUUUGGGCCUUGUUUGCCGACUAAGCAAGUCCACCAUCAUACGUGAAACACGUAGCUUUUGCCUCAAUGAUGAUUAGUGAACAGGAUCUCCUUUCUCCGAUUACUUUGGCAAAGAAAUCUUCGACCUUCACUUUAACAUCUCCCCCUAUUCCCCGCAAAAACUUUCAAUUUGAUUCCGCUUCUCAACUGGGUGGUUUUUGUUUUCUUUAUUAUUCCCUCUUCAUUUUUAUACAUUAUCUACCAAAAAAGUUUUUUUUUUUUUUUUUUUUUAGAUUCUUUUUGGGUUUUAUGGGUUUGAUAAGAAAUUUUUUUUUCUACCUAUUAUAGAUAGAUAGACGUUGAUGUCUGUGUCUGAUAAGGAGAUCUCCAGCGUUGGUAUUAGUGGUGGUGGUGGUGAAGGUGGUGGUGGGUGUGGAGGUAAUGAUGGCGAUGAAGACGACGAUGAGAGUGGUUGUGUUUGUGGGGUCCAUGCCAACGAGGAUCGCAGAACGAAACAGAGAGGGUAUGGCUUCGGUGGGUUUGGAAGAAAUUUGGGAAAAGCAAAGCAGGUGGUCCUAAAUCCAUUCACCAAAGCAAGAAAGCAUCUUUCCAUUAGAAAACAAAAAAGGGCAUUUCUUCCUUCUUCUUCUUCUUCUGCAGCUCAAAAUGCUGUUGCUUCUUCAGGAAAUGGGAUUGGAGGAGAUGGUGGUUCUGGUGGUAAAGGUUGUUACUUUUGUUUCAAGCGACCUCUAACUUUGGAAUCACCAAUUGGGUCUCGAACCAGUGAUCCAAAUGAUCCAGAUUUCACUUAUGAUAUGUUGAAAGUUCUCAUUGAGCAGAGUGAUUUCUAUUCCAGGGAAUGCAAUCCCCACUUAGAUAUUGAUUCCAUUGCUGACUGAGGGAGCUAUUUGACCAAUAUCAUCUCUAUUGUUGAUUCUGCAUUUUUUUUUUUUUUUUUUUUUUUUUUUUUGUUUUCGAUGAUGAUGAUGCUAUUGUGUGGUUGUUAAAUUUGAGAGUUUUUCUCGGAAAGUCUGAAGAGAUUAGAGAAAUUUUGGUGUUGAAGAGAAGUGUCAACAGGUUUUUUCAAAUUAGAACCUUUCUUGUUCACUGGUUCAUGAUAAUGGGUUUAGACUUUCAAUAGGAUUACGGAAGAAUUUUGGUUUAAGCUGUCUUAAAUUAUAUGCAUUGAGAUUGAGGAAAUUUGGCUAGUUUUGAUGUUGUUUUCAAGAGGUUCUGUCAAACGAUGGCUUAUAGAGAACAAAGCUUGGUCGCCAUUCCGUUGUUUUGUUGGAAUGGAAUGGAAAUUCAUAUUCAACUUUUUCAUUUUGUUAUGGUUCACAAAAUCUUAUAUCUUGUGCUUCCUUCUGAAGAAGUUGAAGAUAAUUGGAUUAAAUUGCUGAACCAGGUGCCACCAUAGUCAGAAGCAAGUUGAAGCUGUGUAACCAAAGCAGGGCUUGUAUGUAAAACGAGAAUUCUUUCAAGUUUAAUUUUUCUUUUGUUGGUCCAAAAAAAUUCAAUUAGUAUCUGAUUAGCAUUUCAUUUCAUUUUGUAUAGUUCGGAAACAUAACCCAUACCACGAAGGGUUAUUUUUACAUGUAGAUUAAUAGAAUGUAAAGUUACACGUUUCGAAUGGAACAAUUAAGUGCAACUUUCUAUUUUCUUGUUUAAAA